UUUGCCACUGUUUUGAAAAGCUGUCUCAGGGGACUGAUCGGUCGGUUGGUUUAACAAGAAAGUGUUUUCACCUAUAGGUAAUUUCAUACCAAGAAGGAAGGGGCAUUAAAUGGAGAAACCAAUGAACCGCUUCAGAUGACCAGCCUUUUGAUGCUAAUAUAUGUCAUUGUCCAGUGUCUGAACUCGAGACUUUUUUUUAAUCCUCUUUGCAGUAAUGACAAAUGAAUGCUUUAGGACUGUGUAACAGCGGCACCAUGAUGGUCAAUGAUUUGUGUCUGUCCUUUACAUGUCUCAUUUUGUCUAAGUACAUUGCACCAGGAAUACAUUAUAAAUACCCAUUAUUAUUAUUACUGGACUGUCCUCUUCACCGUACUCCCUGGGGAGAAAGAGUGCAUAUACACAGAACCGGAUGCCUUCGGCUUUGGCAAGUUGGUUGGAGGAGUUGGGGGGUGGGGAUAAUUACAGAAUAAAGUAAAUAUUGGGUCAGCAAGACAUUCUGGUUAAACUUUUUUUUAAACUAAAUUAAGUUGUUAGCAACAAGGUAGUCUCAAGUGCAAGUGCAUCACAGUUAAAAAUUAUUUAAGGUCUAUAUUGCUGCAAAGUGGGCUGUGGCAAUAAUGAUAGCAACAAAAUGGGCAAACGUUUACAUUUACAUAAACACCCUCAUCCGGUGUUUGUACCCCCUUCUCUCUUGCUCUCGCUCUCAUGCACUACAAACCUUUGUUUUACGAACAGUCACCGCCUAUCGUGUCGCUGUGUACCAAGCGGCGGAAAGGCCCUCGGUCACCAGAACUUUGUCUUGGGAAGCAGCCAACCACACGCGCAAUUUAUAUGAUAUCUAAUUAGCUGGCAAUUAGACCUGCCACAGAUAAUUCUCUUCUACGUAUAUUAUCAGUUAUCUGUUUUAUAUGCAUGCAUGCGAGAGAAGCAGUUCAUGUUCCAAACACAUUUUGGCUAAAAGGAACUGGCGGGAGAAAGAGAUUCGAUAACAAGUAAAUAAUAAAACGACGAAACUUAAGUCCUUUAAGCGUUGUAAGAGAAUUGAGAAUACAGUAUUUUGUUUCCCUUAAACCGGACACUUUACCACUUUAAAAGAUUUUAUCAUCAUCGUUAUCUUAGAUCACGACCUUUAUAUUUCUGCUGUCCAUUGAGCCCUGUUAUUAGGCCCAGAAUGUUUUUGCGGAGAGUAGGCACGAGAUGUCAUUUUUGCUUAGAUUAUUUUAAUAAUAUUGUAAUGAUAACUUAUUUUUCAAAGAGUGUGUAAAGUAAACACACUAGACAGUUAAAAUUUUGGGAUUGCUCCUAAAAUAUCGAAUGAAACAAAUGCCUGACAUCAUUGACAUUAAAGGAAUCCUUACCGGUGCGUACACGUUCUACACACAUUCUCUCUUUAUACACACAUAGCUGACUAACAGUCUUAAUUGUUGACUAAGAAGUCAUAUAUGGAAAAGCAUAUCAAUAUUGAAGGCUUUAGUUCGUCUAAGGUCGUUUAAUUGUAGUUACUAUCCUUGCUUGUGUCUCGCGAAUGAAAGAUUAUGAAAUACCGAAAGGGUGUGUGUGUGGUGAUGAUGAUGGAGGUGGUGGUGGAUAAGAGUAUAAGCGACGUCCACGAUCACCUCCAGGGAAGAGCGCGUAAAAAAUGUUUUUCCCCGGUGUUCUUCUUUCAUAUAGACUAUCUGGAGCUCGUCGUUAUUAAGAUGGAAUCGUUUAAAGCACUGGUUUUAUAAUAAUUAUUAAAAAAAAAUAAUUAACCAUAGAUCACAAAAAUAAGGCUGGGAGAAAAUUCAGUCUUUAAUAUUUGAUCAGUCUAAAAUUUCAUAUUUCACAAUAACCCAUUUUCGACCAUAAAUUAGUAUUUUAACAACAUAUUAGGUUAGUUACAUGAAGUCUCCUUUGGGUCUUUAACGAGUAUUUUAACUGGUGAUGCUGAUGAUGCAUUCGGUUUCGUUCAUCCCCAAACCCCUCGAUCGACGUUAAUGCCGCUGACGGAAGGGCAGUGAUAGAGUUUGUUUUGGUUUUUUUUUUUAUCUGAAAUGUUAAAAUUUUCUUGCAGUACGCAGACGCCACUAAUUGUAUUUUUUUUUUUACAAUGAAACUAAGUUGGCGUUGGAGUUUUACUAACAUUAAUUUGCCUUGAAUGUGCCUUUACCAAAUGUGAAGAGAAUUCAGGAUUCCAUUUGUCACAUUAUUAGGCUUACAUUUUGUUUUAUCGAAAGAAUGACGCGCUUUUAUUGUCAAUGUCACACAUAUCUUGCAUGUGUAUGCAGCUAAUAAGCAAGUGGAGUUAUAUUCGUUAUUUGUUUGUUAUUCCGCCUGUUGAAAUGUAGGAUAUGUUUGCCGAUGCCCUGUGAGUAUUUUGAGACGGCCCCUGCGAGUCGUCCCAGGCCGCUAGAGUUCAUCCCUACAUCCGGGCGCUUCACAUACUAUGGUGGUUCACAUCAAAGCCAAUGCAACACAUGCGAAAAACUAGGUUCCGUUUGCGUUUUCUGCAGACUGAAAGUGGAUAAAAAGCGCUCACCAGACAGGGCUGAUUCAAAUAUUUCAUGUAGGUAACAAUGACCAUUGAUUCGUAAGCAGGUCGACAGCUCAACUAGAAGAUGACUACCCGAGUUACCUUCGUCACAGGCACGGCAGAAGUGAAGAAAAGGGGUGAGCGCCUAGCCGGCGACGACUCGCACCCACCGCCUGCCGUGCAGCCCGUGACGUAUGUUGACGGUAAGUGCACGUGCUGUCCGUAUGGCUACCACAUUGACCUUGACUUUCUCAACUUCUGCAAGAAUGUGGCCGAAGGCUCGCCAUUGUCCAACCUCAAGCGCAUCCAGCGCACCAAGCGGCAGCUCCGCAAGUCCAUGGAGGUGAUGCUGCUGCAGCAGCAGCAACAACAGACACAGCACCAACCGCAGUGCGACUCCGCCACGGCGACGCUAGCCACCUCCACACCUCCCCCGGAUGUGGUUCACUCGACGGAAGCCUCGCGCCUGAUCAACAUGGUGCACUACGAGCACUCCGCCACCCAGCGCGUGCUGCGGGAGAUCGACUCCUCCGUCAACGCCACCCUGGCCUCCAUCCAGUCCGCCACGCAGAAUCGAGGCGCGACGCUGCCCCCGGGUCGGCGGUACACCAGUUCCGACAGCGACGAUACCGGCAGCCCCACCAGUCCCUUUCCCUAUUAUGCCCACACCUUGCCAUCGACGACCCAUUCCAGGUUCAGCUCCCGCCACCAGCAGUUUAGCCCCGGCAGCGGAUCCCACCUGGCCAACAACGGCGACGAGUCGUCGCAUUUUGCCACUUCCCUGUCCACCUCCGGUCGCACGGAUUCCAUGUCGUCGCUGUCGUCGGUGUCCACGGUGUCCAGCGAGCCGGUGCCUGGCGGCCAACAGCAGUACACCUCUCAUGCUAGUGGCAUGCUAAACGCGCCACAGGAAACAGCCACUGCGCAGAUCCGGAAGGAGCGAGUCUGGCACGCCUCGGCCACCGCCAUGACAUCGGAGAAGCUGGCCGCAGCCUUGGCCACACAUUUCCCUGAACGAGAUGAAGGCGAGCUGCCGACCUCCCCUAUGUCCCCCACCACGAUCAUCAGCAAGGCCUCCCUGGCGGCCAUCCGCGAGGCCAUGGCCGUGUCCUUGCAACGCUUGCGAGACCUGGAGGAGCAGGUCAAAGCCAUCCCAAUCCUGCAGGUGCGCAUCUCGGUGCUGAAGGAGGAGAAGCGGUUGUUGGCUCUACAGGUCAAGGCUAAAUCUGGCGUGGGCGCUGCUGCGCCGCCUAGCGUUCGUAGCGUCGGGGUGGGCGAGGACACCGUGGAUGCGUCGGAUCACGUGGUGUCCCCGACAAAUGCUCCCACCGUCUUCUCCUAUCCCUACCCCACCGCCACCUCCCCCUUCUCACCGCUCGCCUCCUCCCCUCGCCUGCCGUCUGUGAAGACUCCUCCCGCCACCCUCCCCAAGCCUGUGCGGGCCAAGACCGUGGCGGUGGGAGAUCACAGCAUUGUAGAGCCCUACUUGCUGCAGCCGGACCUGCCGACAGGCUUCACGCUCAAGGACAACAGGGUAGAGACAGAAAUUCGGACCAGGGAGCAGCUGUUUAUAGAAAAAACUUCUCAACAUUUUGGCAGCACCAGCUUGCAAGAGCAGCCAGAAGCCAAUCAGGAACUUUACAGCAGGUCUCCUGUACAGAAACAUUUCACCACCAGCCAGAUUCAGCAGUCUGUGCCCAAGCCAAUGACGCGUAGCAUUGGUGUGGGUGACGGCAAUGUCCAUGACAGUUCUGUGCAUGUUCAUGAGAAAGAACUACGUACCGUCAUCAUUGGAGGAAGCGGUGCUGCAAUUGGCAAGAGGAAUGUGGGUGUGGAAGUUAAAGUGCCCACACGCAGUGUUGGUGUUUCAUACAGCUGUGAUGAUGCCAAACCUGCUACUCGGACAGUGGGUGUUAACGUUACCUAUGAUAUGAGCUCCGUUCUUACAUCCCUUGACUUUCGAGGGGAAGCAGAGCUGCGUACAGCGCUGAUGGGUGUCCUGCAGAGGAAUGUUCGUAGUGUGGGCACAACCUGUGAUUUCAUCCCCAUAUUGGUCAAUGCUGGAGUCCAGCAUGAGACAACAAAUAUGGUGUCGGUUGGCUCAGGUGGCGAUGACUGCCGAGUGGAUGUGGAUGUUCGCCAGCGAGUGGCAGAACGGGCAGUUGGUGUGCUGGCCAAGCCAGAGGUGGCCACUCGCAUGGUAGCUACUGGUACUGACUGGCUGCUGGAUGCAACCACCAACACACAGUCCCCUGAUGUUUACAACAAAGGCUGCAACACAGAGACCCGACGACUGGUGUCUACAGCAGCAGCAACUGAACCAGCUUUUGUUAGAUCCUUUCAAACACAGACGGAUGUCCUUGUCUUCCACAACCUGGGCCAAAUGAAGCAUGCCAGCAACAAUACAAUACCGACACCGACUGCCAACACUGCCAGCAACACUCUAAGCACCAGCACCAGCACUGUGGGCAUCAACACCAAGUCUUCUGAACUGGUUACUGAAAAUUUUGACUUUGAAAUCACUUUCAAAGAUGGCAGCACAAACACCGUCCCUGAACUUGCUGACCAAGGGAUGAACACAUUGGUGACAAAGCAGGUUUCAGACAUAGAUAUGCAAAAGGUGGAGAGCACUGUUGCUGCAGUUGGUGAUGGAUCGGUUGGCGAAGUUGCUGUGUCCAAGACAGAGUCAGUUUACAAGCGUCCUCUGACCCUCCAAGAGCAGAUUAUUCAAAGAGGGGCCACUCAGGCCAGUGCAUUUUUAGGAGCAUCUUCCUCGGAAGCCCUCAGUGCUACCAGUCCCACCAGUCAAGACUCAAGCACAGAGAGUGGCUUCACGGAAACAGUCAUUGAGACAAUGUACACCACCAUUGGUUCCCACACUGCCAGAGAAAGGCAGCCAGAGGAGGCAGCCUCAACAAAAGCAGCAAACUACUCAGUUGGACUGUCGUAUUCCGAUUUCUUAGAAGGACGGCAAGCCAAGCAUUCAUCGGGACUGCUACCUUCACAAGCAGACUGGACUGCCAAAGGGCUGUUAUCAAGUUCAGAGACAGAUGAAGGUGUUAGGAGACUUACCUCUCACACUGCCAAAAAUGAAUCAGAAGAGGUGACCUCAAGCCAGGAGACAGAUAGCUUUGAGGGACAGUCAUCUUCUAGAGUUCAAGGUCAGACUUUGUUGUCACCACACUCGCAGUCUUCAUCUGGUAAUUUUAAAGAGAAGCAGACAGUGACUGUUUCAGAUUUGGGGGGUGGUGGUCAGAUGACUUCCAGGCAAGUGACUGUCAUAUCUCGUAGCAGCAGAGGAGGUGUUGGUGUUGGAGGAAGUGCUGGUAGUGGAGGAGGAGGUGCUGGUAGUGGAGGAGGAGGUGCUAGUAGUGGAGGAGGGGUAGGUGCUGGUAGUGGAGGAGGAGGUGCUAGUAGUGGAGGAGGAGGUGCUAGUAGUGGAGGAGGGGUAGGUGCUGGUAGUGUAGGAGGGGUAGGUGCUGGUGGAAGUGGUGGUGGCAGCGGCAGUACAGCUGUAAAUGGGGGAGGAGUUAGUUAUUUAGAGAGGUUCGGCUUUAUCAAGACUUCUGGGCAGUCAGGCCAAUCGGGUGGCAGCAAUGUUUACAGUUCCAAUUCUUCCGGGAUAUUGGCAUCCUCAUCUCUUAAGUCAUCUGUUGGUGAAGAUGGUUCGAUGGAGCUCAAGGUUACAGAUGCACCUGUAUCUAAAUCCAGUCUGCAGUCAUCAGUUUUAGGCAUACAAGAACAUAAUGACUCAUCAAAUUCAUCAUUAGGUCUAAGGGAAUCAGGGGAGUUGUCAGGGAAGGAGGAAGCGAUCACAGAGACAGUUGUGAUCAAACGUCCAUCAACAGGGAGCAAAAUGUUGAAGUCCAGAUACAGUGAUGGUGCAAGAUUUUCCCAAGACUUGCUAUUGGAAUCAAAGGGCAUGUUUUCUGGACAUCGUGUGGGAUCUGUAGAAGAUUUCAUGCCUGAUGACAUUCGACGCCUUAUGAACAUUGAGGCAUCUAGCACAGCAGGAAGCACUCCUACGUCUAAAAUGCUGGAGAUAAGUACAGAUGGGUCCGGCAUUGCAACUGGCACUGCUGUCAGCAGAGCUGUGCGCACUGUCACCACCAAAAAGGUCUCAUCUAAAGAUGGGAGUAGUACCACCACCACUGUCACUAAGACUGUCACCAAUCCUGAUGGUUCACUUACCACCACUUCCAGCACUGAAAAGAGUGGCAGUGGUGACCUGCCCAUGUCCUGGAGAGAUGGCAGCAAACUAGGAGGCAAAAGCAUCACCCAGAUGGAUCUGUCAGAAGUAGGGUGCAGUGAUCCUGCCUUGGAAAUCAGCUCUGAAAUGUCAGAUACAUCUCAGAGUUUGCUGGUAGAAAAGUCUGCAGGAAGCAUCAAAGACUCCGGAUUUUAUGAAUCAUCAACAAUGGCUGUUGUUGAAGGUGGUUCCCAGGGGUCCCUGGCUGUAAGCAGCAUGGAAGUAGAUAGCAGUCCUUCAGAAUCAGCCAGUCGUUUAAGCACGCUGGAGAGACGGGAACUCAAAUCCAUUAUGAAGCGACCGAAGGUGGAGGCCACAAACCCUAAAAAGGGCAUCACUUUUGCAGAAAGUGUUGUGGGCGGAACUGGCUCCAGCUCAGAGGAGAACAGCGAGUCUGAGUCUGAGGCUGAGUCCACUACCAGUUUCGAAGAAGGCUCUUAUGAUGGCCGUGAAGGGGACAUCACUUACCAGUGUCAUGAUGAUGAAGUCAUAGCCCAGAGGUUGCCUGGUGCUAGGAUGUAUGACCAGAACAUCAGAGAGACUUCUAUGCAGAAGUCAUCACAAAGACAAGGGAGGUAUGAACUGAGCGGAGAGAUGCAGCAAGCUUGUGAUGUUGUAGCUACAUACCUUGUGGACUCCACCAAAAUACAGACCAAGCAGCUGAAUGCCAGCAUGUCAACUGUGCAGGCAGAGUGGUUUCGUGUGUCUAGCCACAAGCUUUCCAGCAGUCACCAGGUUGAAGAUUAUCUCUCGUCCAUCAACGAAAUCUCCCAUCGCCUGCUGGAGUAUGUUGUCAACUUAGUGGACACCAAUGGCAAUGCUGCAAUCCACUACAGUGUGUCCCACUGCAAUUUUGAAAUUGUAGGACUGCUGUUGGACACAGAGGUAUGUGAUGUUAAGCGACCCAACAAGGCAGGCUACACACCUGCCAUGCUUGCGGCACUGGCCUACGUGCAGUCAGACGAACACCGUGAAAUCAUCCGCAGACUCUUCUCCUCCAGUGCCAUCAAUGCCCAGGCAGCACAGACAGGGCAGACUGCUCUGAUGCUUGCAGUCAGCCAUGGUCGAGCAGACAUGGUGCGUUUGCUUCUACAGGAGGGCGCAGACUGCAACAUCCAGGACUUUGAUGGCUCAACAGCGCUCAUGUGUGCUUGUGAGCAUGGCCAGACAACCAUUGUACAAAUGCUACUGGCACAGGCUGACUGUGAUGCUAACCUUACAGAUAAUGAGAACAGCAGUGCCUUGUCUGUUGCUAUGGAAGCUGGCCACAAGGACAUUGGUGUUAUCCUUUACAAGCAUCUUAAUUUCUCCAAGUCUGCAACGAGUCCAGGUGGUUUUCAGAAAAAGAAAAAGGGCAGCAGUUCCCCUACUCCGAGUAUAUAGAGGUUUCACAGCUGACAGGCACCUGAUCCACUAGGCAGUGUGUUACACUCCAUGGAUGCAGAACGAGUGGUGCAGGAGACAGAGCUGUGAGGGAAACACUGCCAUUACACUCGCUUCUACCUACAGCAUUCUGCCGACAGCAGUAGCACUACCUGCUGUAAAGAGGGCGAGAGAAGAGGGCAGACCUUGCAGCUGUGUCUUUGGGCAACCAGUAGCAUUGUUGCUAAAUGCAGCCAGCAUUAUUAUUAUUAUAAUUAUUAUUACUUUAUACUUAUUUGUGUUAUUGAGUAGUAAGGAUAAUAUUGUAAAGCAUCAUCAUUGUAGGGAGGGGAUCUAUAGAGAAACUUCUGACCACCUCAGCCCACAAAGCCAAGUCAGAUCUUGAUGUGGAGGGGCAACUUUUUGAUUGUGCUUUGGUCUCGACAACAUCGAAGCCUGAAAAGUGGUCUUUAGCUACUGACUACUUUGGGAAUGUUUUUUUCAGCAUUCAUACUUUAGUCAGUGCAUAAUACCAUGCAAAUACAAAUAAUGGCAUGCUUUUCGCUGGUUUGUUAUUGUUGAAGACAUAAAAGAUGUCUCCUUAUAUUUACUGUAUACUUGUCUCUUGUUUGCAUACAUUGCUGCUGUCUAUUCUACCUCCACAUUCAGUGUGAUCAAGGUUUCAUCAUGCAUUUAGCAAUAUAGUUUGCAGUCAUACAAGGGGUGUUACCCAGACAGUACUGUUUCUUACUCCUAUGCAUUUAUAUGUGCCUUUAGCGAUGAUUUUAUGCAAAUUAGGAAUCUGGACUGGGCACUUUUAUGUGCUUCAUGUUUUGAUGCCGUUUUCUGACAUUCCCUGUUGACUUGGCUUUGGUAUGUUGUAACUGUUAUGAAUGCAGUAGUUUAUUACCAAGGGUUAACAUUCCUGAUACUGUUAUGCACUGUUUCAUAGCGUGGUUGAAUUAUUCUCUGCUUGAGGUUGUGUUAUUUUGAGCCUAGAGUUGUGAUGUGGCCUUUUAAAACAUAUUUUUUAUGCACGAAGCAGCUUUUUUAUACAUUGACUAGCAGUAAAAUAAGGUUUUCCUUCAUUUGUAAACCACGCUGCAAUCCAAGGGCUUUCAGUUCUAACAUAAACUAAGACUUUCAACAUUUUAACACAAACAUCCAUUCUUGUUUUUUAAGUACACCUAUUUCCAUGUAUAUGCUAGUUUUUAUGCACACCUGUGUAGCAUGUUAUACUUUUGUAUUAUCUUUUAGCCUCCCCCAAAACUCCGAGUUGUGCUUUGUAGCCAACAAAGCAAAUAGGGUACAAAUUGGCUAGAAGAGCUCAUACAUUUACUGUUCAUACAUAUUCUUGCGUCUUUGGUAAGCAUCCAUGUUCACGUUUUAGAACUCGCUAGAUCCACAUUUGUGGGUGAUUAUGUCUUCACAUGCUACUGCGGUGCUUUCUUCUUUUGUGGUUCAUGAUAGUUUUGGUUUACUUUGAUGUUGUAACAUUGGAUUGUUGUAAUCUAUUUUGUGAACAUUCAUGUUCCUGGCACAAAGGCAAAGCAUCUUCACCUGUUGAUGACAUUUUUCUGUGCAGCUGUUUUCCAUAGUGUAUUGAUUUUAUUUAUUGAGCAUGCCAUGUAUGAUGAGUGGUUUUAAUUUUUUUUAAAUUGUACAGUGGUGCCUCGGCAAUCAACAACAAUCCAUUGUGUAAGGCUGGUCAAGUGCCAGUCAGAUCAAGUGUCGAGUACCUUUUCCACCCAUAACAAAUGAUGUAACUGUAACUGGUUUUAGCCUCAACCAGUAGCUAACUACCUUGUGUUAUUCAGAGUAUUUUAUAGUAUGGCAUGUAUAAAAUGAUGGGUUUGUUUCUGCCUGUUUUUUGUUUCUCCACAUUAGUAAUAAUCCCUCUCAUCCACUAUUUAAGACCUUUGUUAUCACUUUCACUCCUUUUGCUUUGUCUGGCACUGUAAUGGCCUCGACUUAACCCUGCCGUACUGAAUGGCUAAUUCAGACACACUUAUGUCACAUGUGUAUUCAUGCUGGCAACAAUUUCUUUUGCUAAUUCAUUUGUCAUUCUUACUGUUUUCCUCUACUCAAAGCAUCAGAACAUUUCUUGAGUGACAUGAUGACGGUAUGGUAUAUAUGCAUAAAAAUAUAUUUUUAAAAGAAAGAUAUCAGGAACACAAGCACCAGGACAGGUCUUUACCGAUUGAAAUCAACAUGCAAAGUGACCAUGUCCCCUUUAUUUUCCGCAAAGUGGAACAGGUAAGGUUUUAGUACAAUGAGUUCUGAGCAAGUGGUUGAGCCGAAACAGAAUUUGAGGACCAUAAUGUCGAGUGCCGAGAUAUCACUGUACCAUGCAUAAAACUCUAUAACCUAGGCAAGGGUGGGCCUCAAGUGUAGAUAUUAGACAUUCAGCAGUCGCAUAAUGGCUUUGAUUGAUGUUUGUGAAGAAUCUGUAUUAUUUGAAGCUAUAGCUGUGGCUGUGCAUCAUGUGGAGUCAAACAUCACAGAGUGUAACAUAUUGAGCUGUAACUGCAACAAAUAAAAUGAAUGUAGUAAGUUAUGGACGAGGGGGAAGGGAGGAAGAGAAUGAGUGUGAGGGAUCAUUAGCACUGUUGUCUCCAAUGUGAAUCUGUAAAAGCAUUCGUUGACUCUUCCUAUUGUAUGCAACACAUCUCUGCCUUCAGCUUUGCCAGUAAGGCACCAUGGGUAAAAUUUAAACCCAUUAACAAGGUAGUCUUGCAGACUAACACAUCGAGAAAAAUGAGCAGGAAUGAAGUCAGCAAUUAUUGAUUUAGUUGGUUUUUAAAAAUUGUUCUUUUGGAGGCUUGUAUCUUAUGGAGUACAGAAUUGCAUUUCUUCCAUGGCAAAUGCAUUGUCAGGCAGUCCAGACAGUUUGCUCUGACUGUGGUAGCAGGAAGGCAGGACAGCCAGGUCAAAAAUGUAGAGUAAUGCAUCUGCGUAAGAUGUACAGGUGCAUACAUAUAGAAUAAAUUCAUAUACUCUGAAGUCUUACAAGCACUAGUUUGUGCUUCCAAAGGCACUUCAUGAGUAUUUGCAAAUAUAUAAUAUAUAUGCACACACACUUGUUAUGGAACAUAUAAAAAGCUUCUUUUGCUUGCUAGUUUUUCUCCUUGUGGGCUAUUUUCAUGUAGAACAAAUAGUUUUCUAACAUCAACUUUUUUGUUAUAGCAUAGUUUGCACAGGAGGUGGAGAAUAUAAUGCGCACCAAGCAUGCAAACAUACCAAAUAUGCAUGACCACAGUCUGUAAAUUGGGAAAUCUCCAAAAGUAUCAGCUUUAAUCAUCACAACAUGUUUUCUGCUGUAGACAUUGAAUAAAUGUCUACUUUGAACAUUUUCUUUUGCCAGCAAAGUUCUAAAUGCAUUUUGUAUAUCUGUUUUAAUGUUGGGAUUAAACAAAAUUACUUGAAAAAGCAAAAUCAAACUAAAAAUAAACAAGAAAUUGGAUUGUACAUCAUCCCUCCAUAACAAAUAUGUCAUAGUUACCAUUUUACCCAUCAAUAUGGCUUUCAUUAUUUAAUGUUAUUUUAUUCCUAUUUACAUAUAAGAAACUGCAAGAUAUAUUCCUCUUAAGCACUAGAUCAUAUAAAACUGUAUCAGCAACAAUUUCCUAUAUAUGCAUGCCUUAUCGUGGCACAGGGUCUUUGCAUUUCUUCUACAUGACAAGCAGAGCUGGUCAUGACAGGAGCACGUUGCUGGAGUAUUGUGCAUAAUCGAGAAAAAAUACUGAAUUUAAUGUACAUCAGGGCUGGAAGACAUUUUGUGCUGAGUUUUACAGCGAGCUAUCUUGCCGGAUAGCCAAGUGGUUAGGGCACCGCUUCAAUGCUAGUGUGGCACAUCGAUUUCACCCAGUGAACCCAGCUGUCAUGAAUGUGUAUCUAACUCCAUAGAGGAUUUAGGGAAAGGUAAAGCAGUGAGAGGGUGCACAGAUUGGCAGCACCAUCUUAUAAAACUGGCUCUGCAAAAGGUGUGGUCUCUGAUACCUCACCCCCACUUUCCACCAUUUCUUCAUGUUUUUAAAAAAUGAGGAAAUGAUCUUUACCUUUUGCCAUCCAAGAUGCUGCUUGUAAACUUCCACCUUAUGUGAUUAUUGGUGGCCAUUUUUCAUGGUAAUUGAGGUUUUCUAAAAUGCUAGUGUUCAGGAGAGCUAAUGGAAGUUUUUCUGUUAAUUCGGUGCUGGUUCACAGCGGGAAUGCUGUUUGCUAGAAUACUAGGUGUAGGCUUUUUUUUCUCAGUGCUUAUGCUUUCAAUCAGGGACUAAAGUGUAUCUUUUCUUGUUUCUUUGAUAUUCACUUUCUAGAAGCUUUACACAUGAAGACACAAGAAGGUUGGAUAGUAGCUGGCAUCAGUUUUCUGGGUAAAGGGGUUGGGUCUUUUUCUUUUUUUUUCUGUAUGUGUGUGCUGUGAUUAAGUACUUUUCAGUUUUGGGGGUGAUGGCUCAUACCUUUAGUAAAGAAAUACAUUGAAGAGACAGAAAAAUCUGUGCCAUUCCAGUAUUGUUUUUCCUAACUGUUGCUGUCACUGUGGGACGAUAUUAGCACUUAUGAUAAAUAAUGAUGAAUGUACUUUAACAGGCAGGCUACAGUAAAAUUGUCAAAAUACUUGCUAGAUAAGGGCAAAAUUUUUAUUAGCAAAGAGAGCACAGAAUAAGUGAGACUUUUGGAUAGGCAGAGAUGCAUGGCCAGCUGAAUUUUGUCUUGUUUUUAUUCGUCAGUCAUUCCUGUUGCUGUAAAAAUUUAUGACAUUCCAUUUACUUUUUUAUGUUUUGUUCUUGUAAUGCAUAGAAUUGCUGUGACAUUGUCACUUUUAUGUACAUUUGUUUUAGCUGUGUUUUGUAAUUGGAUGCUUUUAUUAAAUAGGAGCCACGGAGAUAAUUUUUGAUUUGCACUGUGAACAAAAUUAACAGUUAAUACGAAAAGAGAUUCCAUAAAGGAUGGCCAUGCCUAAGCCUGCCUAGAACUGCAGCUGAUCGCAUGAUGCUUGUGUUCUCAUGUUCUUGAGGUCCUCAUACAGAAAUACUGGAUGCACAUUAUUGAACUGCCAGGAAGUGCCUUAGUAGGUGAUAGUUCAAGAUCAAUGGAAAAUGAAUUCAGUGAUGCAGACAAGGGUGGCAGUUUUUUUAAGUAACAUUAAUGCACAUUUCAAACAAUCUGGUGAUAUUUUCCUUGGAAAGGGAGGGUCUAGCAUCUGCAUUUCUGUAUGCAACUUUCUAGCUGUAAUAAAAAUUAACAUUGCA